AUGGAACUACAAUACCUUCUUUGGAAAUGGGGCGUUAGUAUCACAGAUAGUUCAUUCCUUUACCUUGUUGUAUACUUCAUUGUCUCGUUGCUUGGAAAUACGAACUACUUCUUCUUCUCAUGUCAUCUUCUUGAUGUGGCGAUCUCAUUCAAGACGCUUGCU